CGGCUCUGGCCGCCGCAUUCCUUCAGGCCAGGGGCGGGAAAUAUCCCGCGUCUCUCCCCGAGCGGCGGAAAUGAGAUUCCCGCCACGCACCCCUGCUUGUGCGGUCGGCUCUCGUCCUUCACUCGGCCCCCUCUCGGGAGCUGCCCGGCUGCUGACCCGGGCGGUGGGCGCGCGAGAGGAGCCCAGCUGCCAAGCCGGCUGGGCAGGCAGCGAGCGGGUCCCCGCGCCGGGCGCCUGCCCCAGGGGCGAGCGCUGCGCAGGCUGUUGGCAAGGAGGGAGGCCCUGUGAGGUCGGCGCAGCAGGAGGACGCGGGCCAGCCAGCGGCUGGUAUUUAUAGCACCGUGACAGCAGCGCCCUGGCGGAGCCAAAGCCUGGCUCACGUAGGCGUUUCCCGCUAGAGCAAAAGGUGGCUUCCGAGCUCGGCAAACAACUGUACUGAAGUAUUUGAGAAUGGAUAAAGGCUUCCGCUACUACUUCCAGCACCCCUGGUCUCGCCUAGUUGUGGCUUACCUGGUGAUCUUCUGUAACUUCUUAAUAUUUGCUGAGGAUCCAGUAUCUCACAGUCAAACAGAAGCUAAUGUUAUUGUUGUUGGCAACUGCUUUUCGUUUGUAACAAAUAAAUACCCUGGAGGAGGAGGCUGGAGGUUUCUGAAGGUGCUUCUAUGGCUACUUGCCGUUCUCACAGGAUUGAUAGCUGGGAAAUUCCUGUUCCAUCAGCGUUUGUUUGGUCAGUUAUUCCGGCUAAAAAUGUUUCGAGAGGAUCAUGGAUCUUGGAUGACAAUGUUCUUCAGCACCAUUCUCUUCCUCUUCAUUUUCUCUCACAUUUACAAUCUGUGCCUCCUUAUGGCAGGGAAUAUGAGGGCAUACAUCAUAACAGACUUUAUGGGCAUCAGGAACGAAAGUUUUAUGAAGGUUGCUGCAGUGGGGACUUGGAUGGGAGACUUUGUCACAGCUUGGAUGGUCACUGAUAUGAUGCUUCAGGACAAGCCCUACCCUGACUGGGGGAAGUCUGCCAGAGCUUUCUGGAAGAAAGGAAAUGUUAGGAUCAUUUUAUUCUGGACUGUUCUAUUUACUUUGACCUCUGCAGUUGUGCUUGUCAUCACUACUGACUGGAUCAGCUGGGACAAGUUGAAUCGUGGAUUUCUGCCAAGUGAUGAGGUCUCAAGAGCCUUCCUGGCUUCUUUCAUCUUAGUGUUUGACCUUCUUAUUAUCAUGCAGGAUUGGGAAUUUCCACAUUUCAUGGGUGAUGUUGAUGUAAAUCUUCCUGGCUUGCCAUAUGCACAUCUGCAGUUCAAACUACCUUACUUCCAAAAGAUCUUCAAGGAAGAAUAUCACAUACAUAUAACAGGUAAAUGGUUUAACUAUGGAAUUAUCUUUCUGGUUUUAAUCCUGGAUCUAAAUAUGUGGAAGAAUCAAAUAUUUUACAAACCUCAUGAAUAUGGUCAGUAUAUUGGUCCUGGACAGAAGAUCUACACAGUGGAGGACUCAGAAAGCUUAAAGGACCUUAACAGAACCAAGUUAUCCUGGGAUUGGAGAUCAAAUAACACAAACCCUCUGACUAACAGGACUUAUGCUGAGGGAGACAUGUUCUUGCAUAGCAGAUAUACAGGGACUAGCCUUGAUGUCAAAUGCCUGGCCUUUAUUCCAAGUUUGCUCGCUUUUGCUUUGUUUGGGUUCUUCAUCUGGUUCUUUGGGCGAUUUCAGAAAACUGAGCAAGGCAUGGAGAAUCUGGACAAAUCAUACACAAGAAUGAAAAAGAAGUCACCAUCAGACAUGGGAAUGACACGAGAAAAUACACAGGUUUUAGUGGAGAAAACUUUAAGUUUUCAAGAUCCACAUUUAGUAUCCAUAAAAUCAGACUUAAGUGAAAUUGUCUUUAAUUCUUCCCUUCUAACUUCUGAAAACUUGAGCUUACAGUUGAAUGAACAAGACAGCCCAUUACAACCAAUGACAGAGGCUUCUGCGCCUAAGAGUGAUCCCAUGACCUAGAGCCAACCACCCAGAAAAGAAAGAUUUAAAUAACCAAUUAUUGUGAGAGUUCAGUUAUUGUAAGUUAAGGUUUACAUAGUGUUUAGCACAAGAAAUAUAACCCGUGCCACAAAGGUGCUCAACAUGCUUUUUCUAGGAAUUUUGUUUUCUAUUUGUAUUAUAAUAUAUGUGCCUACUGUAUAGCUAACAUUCCUUUAUAGAUUGCUUCUCAGAAUUGCACAAACUAUUUAUUAAUACAUUGAUGUUACUGUGUAAUAGUGCAUAGAUAAAUAUUUGCAGGUAUAAAAUUCUAACCAUGUUGGUGCCUUGAAACAUUAAACUGAUUUUUAACUCAACACCAGAA